GGCGGAGUAAAGUCGACGGUCGUGCAUGCUUCUAUGAGUCCACACGUACUGUCCCGGCACUCCGCCGAUAUCUGACCGCAGAUGAACGCGGAGUUUGAAACAAAAGAACCCUCGUCAUCAUUUUUCAGACGCGCCAAGCGCAUCUGCUGUUUCUGCGCUCCGCGUGGGGACUCGUAAAGGUUACAACUCUGCGGAGAGAGGGAGAGACUUAACAGGAGUUAACAGGGUCGUGACAGAAAGUGAUCAAGGCGGACAGCGAGGCAGAGGCAGGCUGCUAACACGCGUUCACAAGCUAGAGAGGGAAACAGAGGGAGAGAGACGAGGAAACGAUCACAACAGCCAGGCUUGACCGUGGCUGAAGUUCAUACGCAGCACAGGGAUACAGCAGUGCAGCAGGCCUGCGUCCUAUGAAACAAGGCUGAACAGGGUUUCCUGUAUGUUGCUGCCUGUGCAAAGUAAGAUGAAGGACCACCAGUGACCGUACCACCUGAAACAAUGGGAGAGUGACGUGAGCACGACAAAUGAAAACAUGGCUGCCCAUCGCAUUCGAGUGACCAACAACAACAUCCUGCCACGCUGCAAGUCGGAGGGCACUCUAAUUGACCUCAGUGAAGGCGUGUCUGAGGCCAGUCUCACAGAUGUCAAAGUGCCUUCACCCAGUGCCUUGCGGCUGGACACCUCUGCCACUUUUGGAACUGCACAGGAAGUAGUUGCUAUCAAGGAUUACUGCCCAUCCAGCUUUACAACACUGAAAUUUUCCAAAGGUGACCACCUCUAUGUGCUAGACUCAUCUGGUGGGGAAUGGUGGUAUGCCCACAACAAUACAGAGAUGGGAUACAUUCCUUCUGCCUACGUUCAACCCAUCAACUAUAGGAACUCAUAUCUCAGUGACAGUGGGGUGAUUGACAAUCUUGGAGAGAGCUCAGAUGAGGGGGCCAAAGAGUUAGAUCUCCUGGGCGAGUGGGCAGGAGUGUCCCUGAAGCCACCUCUGCCUCACAGCAACAACAACCCUUUUUCAACCAAUCCUUUCCUCAAUGGCUCGGUGCAAGGUGCUCUCAACCAGAACAACAAGAAGAUGUCCAGCCAGCAUAACAGUAUCGACCUGCUUUUCUUUGAAUCUCUACCUUCUUCUUCUCCCAUCACCACUACCAGUAGCAAUGGCAUUAAUGGUUAUGACAGUAGUCUUUUUGAUGUUGCACCCACCAGCCAAAAUGUAGAAUCAUUGCAGAUAACCCGUAAGGACAACCCCUUUUUCCGGAGCAAAAGAUCCUACAGUUUGUCGGAGUUGUCGAUCCUACGGUCUCAGUCAAACCCUCCACUGCCUUCGUCAGAAUUCUUCACAGGUCUGAAGGCACCCUCUCCAGAGCAGUUUCAGAGCAGAGAGGACUUCAGGACAGCCUGGCUAAACCACAGGAAGUUGGCACGGUCCUGCCAUGACCUUGAUUCCUUGGGUCAAAACCCAGGCUGGGGCCAAACACAGCCAGUGGAGACCAACAUUGUGUGCAAGCUAGACAGCUGUGGCAGGGCAAUCCAAUUGCCAGACACUAGUAUCAGUAUUCAUGUCCCUGAAGGCCAUGUUGCUGUAGGAGACACCCAGCAAAUAUCCAUUAAAGCUUUAUUGGAUCCACCACUGGAGCUAAACAACGAUCGAUGCACCACGGUCAGCCCCGUAGUUGAGAUCAAGCUGAGCAACAUGGAGAUAAAGUCGUUCAUAACCUUGGAGAUGAAGGUGUCUGUAGAUGUCAAGAAAGAGAGUAGGCAGAUGGCAAAGGUUAUAUGUGUGAGGAGUGAUUGCAAAGAGGGUCCCUACAUCCCUGUCCCACAGGCUUACAUACAUGGUGACACAGUUCAGGUUCAGCUGGAUAGUCUGGAACCAUGUAUAUAUGUUGCUGUUGUGGUCCAGUCCCAACACAUCUUAUUUAAUUCGAUGGUGUGGGAUCACGUGAUGAAGAAAGUGACUCUGGGUCUAUAUGGACCUAAGCACAUUCAUCCAUCCUUUAAAACUGUGGUGGCCAUUUUUGGACACGACUGUGCUCCAAAGACUCUGCUCGUAGGAGACGUUGGGACGCAGGCACAUUCUGCACCCCCCGUUGCACUACAGCUGUGGGGAAAGCAUCAGUUUGUCCUCAGUAGGCCUCAAGACCUACAAAUAGGCAUGUACUCCAACAUGGCCAACUACGAGGUGAAAGCCAGCGAGCAGGCACGAACAGUAAGAGGAUUUCAGGUGAAACUUGGCAAAGUGAGUCGGCUGAUAUAUCUGAUCACGUCUCGAAACGCAGACGAGAUGUCCGAUUUCACCCUGCGGGUUCAGGUAAAGGACGAUCAGGACUGCAUCCUGGCACAGUUCUGCGUUCAGACGCCACAGCCACCGCCUAAAACUGGAAUGCGAACAAACGGGCAGCGGAGAUUCCUUAAGAAGAAGGAAGUGGGCAAAAUCAUUCUGUCACCCCUGGCCAUCACGACCAAAUAUCCACAGUUCCAAGACCGCUGCGUUACGAACCUAAAAUUCGGAAAGCUGAUCAAGACGGUGAUCAGGCAAACAAAGAACCAGUACUUGCUGGAAUACAAGAAGGGUGACGUGAUUGCUUUGCUGAGCGAAGAAAAGAUCAAACUCAAAGGACAAUUGUGGACCAAAGAAUGGUAUAUCGGUUACUACCAAGGAAAGACGGGACUUGUGCACGUGAAAAACGUCCUUGUUUUGGGUAAAGUGAAGCCCAUCUACUUCUGUGGGCCGGACCUCACAACUGCGAUGCUGCUGGAUCAAAUUCUUAAACCCUGCAAGUUUCUCACGUACAUCUAUGCCUCUGUGAGGACCGUUUUGAUGGAGAACGUAGGAAACUGGAGAGCGUUUGCUGAUGCCCUGGGGUAUGGAAAUCUGCCCCUGUCUUACUUCUGCAGAGCAGAGCUGGAUAGUGAACCAGAGAGAGUAGCUUCUGUGCUGGAGAAGCUCAAAGAGGAUUGUAACAACGUGGAGAUCAAGGAAAAAAAAUCCUUUCAGAAGGAGCUAAUGACAGCCCUGCUGAAGAUGGACUGCCAGGGCCUGGUGGCCCGGCUCAUCAUGGACUUUGCCCUGCUCACCACAGCCGUGGAGGCGGCACCUCGCUGGAGGGAGCUCGCCGAGAAGCUCGCCCGCGUCUCCCGGCCGCAGAUGGACGCCUACGAGGCUCCGCACCGGGACCGCUCCGGGAUGGUGGACAGCGAGGCUAUGUGGAAGCCCGCGUACGACUUCCUGCUGACGUGGGCGGCGCAGAUCGGCGACAGCUACCGCGACGUCAUCCAGGAGCUUCACCUGGGCCUGGACCGCAUGAAGAACCCCAUCACCAAACGCUGGAAACACCUCACAGGUACCCUCAUCCUCGUCAACUGCCUGGAUAUGCUGCGCAGCUCCGCCUUCAGCCCCACGCCCCAGGAUGAUUUCGCCAUCUAGAAGACAUGCCGGACUCACCGCUCACCAGGUCCGGAAUCUGGAUAAUAGAAGGAAUCGUUUCUCUGUCUGCACACUCCUGGAGGACUUUGAACUUUGACUUCUGGGGUUCCUUCUGAUUGGGUGUUGUUAAAAACAGUGGUGACUCCGCCCCACCCCACGACUCCACCUGAAUCUGUAUAGUUUUCCUCAGUCCAAUCCCUGCGCGGAUAUUUCCUGUGCCCUCCCACCCAUAGCCCUGAUUGGGCAUACAGUCAGCAAGACAAGCCAAAACACCAAUGUGGUUUCAGAAUAGAUAUUUUUUUGGAAGUCCUAAACAGUGUUUUUAUCAAGCCACUAGCAAUACAUAUAUUUUUUAUAUGGAACAGAGAAUUUUUUUAAUUAAAUCACUUUGACACUUUUCAAAUAGAUUGUUUUGUUAUCAGUAACAGAUGAAGAACGUCAUUUUCUCUGUAAUAUGAUGUCUUAAAUUUUCUUUUUCAACACCACCCUUUCACCUGUCAGUCCAUCCUUUAUACCUUGCCAAAUGUGCACUGUAAGCCUCCUGCUUUAACGGCAUGUUGUUCCACCGCUAAAUUUCACCUCAGAAUCAUAUCUGCUUUGUUUCAAAAGAAACGACUUCAAAAGACAAGCGUUCACGUUGAACACCUUCGUGUGUCUGCACUGUUAAAGUCAAACGUAAAGCAUAUAUGCGCAGUUUGUUCGAAAUACCCUAUGCUCUGGCUCUGUGUUGCAAAAAAAAAAAUUGCUUUUUUAAAAAGCAGCGAAGCUAGACAGGUUCAUUUAUGAUGCUGGCAACUUAGUUUGAUUUUCUGCUUCCCUUGAGUCAACAACAUAUAGGUGGGUUUAAUAAGAUGAAUAACUUUAUUGAAGAUCACCUGUUUUGUUUUUCAGGCCUCUGAAGGGGUCAUCAGUCAUGUCAGGCAGUUUUCUUUUCUUUGUG